GAGAAAAAAAAACUGCCAGAAUCCUCAGCCGCGACCCCGCAACGGCCGCGGCAAGCGACCGCGCCUUGGCAUCUGACUCUUCCCCGUCGCCUUUGCGCGUCUCGCAAGCUUCGGCCUCCUCCCCUCCCGCGCUUCUCCCGAUUCUUCCACGAGCUUCCAGAUCGCGGAACCACAACCACCGCGGGCGGGCGAGGCGAGCCCCCACCUCCGGCCGCGGGAUCCACAGGCAUGGCGUACGUGGACCACGCCUUCUCCAUCACCGACGACGACGACCUGGUCGGCGGCGCGGUCGGGGGCCCGCGGGGCGCGCCCGUCAAGGAGAUCGCGUUCGCCGCGGCGCUCCUCGCGUUCGGUGUCCUCGGCGUCGUCGCGGGAUCCUUCAUGGCCGCGCACCAAGUCGGCGGCGACAGCGCCCACGGCAUUUUCUUUGCAGUUCUGGGUGUGGUAAUGUUCAUCCCAGGGUUCUACUACACAAGAAUAGCAUAUUAUGCUUACAAAGGGUACAAGGGCUUCUCCUUUUCGAACAUACCUCCUAUGUGAAGAAACGAUGACACGUUCCUGGUUCGAUUGCCCCAUCCAAAUAUCCAAGGACAUAAUGUAGGCAUACGUGUUAAUUUUUUCUCUCUGUAUCCCUGUUUCCUUAACCUUUGUAUAAAGUCGACAGCAUGACAAGUGAUCUGUACAUAUGAACACCACCGUAACGCGUCAUCACAACACUAUGUUGCUACCAAUGGUACCCUUUACUAAAAAAAAAACACUAUGUUGCUACCA